GCCGCGUCAGAUCUAUUUGUGUUCGUUCCUAUUUAGCCUUCAUGGUGAAAUUGCUGGUAAAAUGUCGAAUUGUGUUGUUUUUCAGACUCGGCUGGCCUCCAUCGUGGAUAUAUUGGUUCAGGCGGCAGUGGCAGUAAUAGACAACCUUGUCGAGGAGGACUCUGUCCUGUUGUUACGGUUGGAAGUGGCUCAGGAUGAAAUGGACAAUGAAGAGCUAAAGAAAAAAAUACAGACACAGAACGAACUAAUAUCGGCACGAUUCGCCUCCAUCAUGGGCAUACUAGGCAAAGAGGCUGUAGAGAAAAUUAUCAAACUUGUGGACGAGACGAAACCGCAGCUGGUGGAGUGUGACCAGAGCAGCGAACACGGGACGGCGCCAGAGAGUUCCGAAAACAUGCUGAUCGUGGAAGAAAUUGAGGAUGAUGUUUCUCCUCCCAUCAAUGUUGAUGAAAAAGACGAGCCCUUUAUAGUUGUGAAUGAGGAGGAUAGUACCGAGCAGCCUGUUGUUCUGAAAGGCAAGGAUAUGUCUGAAGGCAGAGGAGGCCGAUCUUGGGUGUGGGACCACUUCACUUUGGUCACUCCUAACAAGGUGCAGUGUGGCUUCUGCCACAACAUGCUAAGCUAUAACAAAAACACAUCUGGAAUGCUGCGGCAUAUAAGGACAAGACACCCCAGCGUACACCAGUGCGGUGCUGUUUUCAUUGCUGGUGCUGCCGCACCGACUGAGCCAGGGAGGUUCACUGGACAGGCAGAACUGGAAGUGGAACUGGGUAUAUCUGAAGGCAGAGGAGGCCGGUCUUGGGCAUGGGAUCACUUCACUUUGUUUGCGCCCAACAAGGUGCAGUGUGUUUUCUGCAACAACAUGCUAAGCUAUAACAAAAACACAUCUGGGAUGCUGCGGCAUCUGAGGUCAAGGCACCCCAGCGUACACCAGUGCGGUACUGCUUUCAUUCCUGGUGUUUCUGCGCACAGUGAAUCAGUCCGCAGAUCUGGAGGAGAACAGGUUAGAAUCUCCUCUGAUCAGGGAGGAGAGACUUGAAGAUGACCCUGGGAGCACUGAUUAGCAGGAAGGACUGAAAAUCAGUGAGGGCAGAGCUGUUAAGUCCGGUUCUGAUGUUGGAGUGAGAUUUUACUUUGACCAUCAAUACUGUGCUGCUGUUGCUGACAAUGGGGAAGAUGACACACAGCCCACACUUGCACAGUAUUACUCUGAUGAAAGGAAAAAAAACACAACUCUGUCCAGAGUGGCAGGAGCGCCAGCACAGCACCAGAACCACAAGAACCAGAGGAUUUAGAGUGCAGCCAGAAAAGGAGAGAAACCAUUCAGCUGCACACAUUAUAAGAAAAACUUCAUACACAAUAUAUGAAUACCAGUGAAUUCACACCAGAGAGAAACCAUACAUCUGUGAUGUAUGUGGGAAGUGCUUCAGCAAGGCAGGUCAUCUCAAGACCCACCGUAUCAUUUGUGCCAGAGAGAAAUCCUCUAGCUGUGUUGUAUGUGGGAAGAGUUUAAAUAAUACCGCUUAUUUUAAGAC